GGUUUGGAGUACUGUGACGAAAGGUACAGUUUAGAUCUCACGGGUGGAGUCUUUCCCUUGAGAGGGCAGACCAGCAAUACGAAAUUACUCAGCUGUCAGACUGUAGAAAAAUUUCGCAACCACGUUGACAGAGAAGAUAGUCUUAAUGAAGUAAUAUCUCCUGACACCAGUGUAUCAAUCUUCAGUUGGCAAGUGAAUACAUAUGGUCAGGGAAAACCAUCUACUUAUUUGGGUGUAUUUGACAUUAAUCGCUGGUAUCAUGCUCAAAUGCCAGAUUCACUAAGGCCAGAAGAAUUCCUUCCUGAUUGCCCCUAUUUUGCAUUAUGGUCUCUCGAUACUGUAAUAAGCAUGACUUCUCCAAACCUCAUUUUGGAUAUUCUGGUACAUGAGCGGAGUCUCAGUCGGGGAGUUCCUCCUUCUUAUCCACCACCUGAGCAGUUUUUUAAUCCAAGCACCUAUAAUUUUGAUGCUACGUGCUUGCUGAACUCUGGAGUGGUUCAUAUGACUUGCACCGGCUUCCAGAAGGAGACCUUGAAUUUUUUGAAGAAAUCUGGUCCUUCAAUACAUGAAGCCAUUCACGAUAGCUACAACAGGUGUCUUGUAGCUGGCUUGCUGUCUCCCAGACUAGUUGAUGUCCAGCCAUCGAGUUUGAGUCAGGAGGAGCAGUUGGAAGCAGUAUUGUCAGCUGCAGUCCAGACAGGUUCUUUAGAACUUCUGACUGGAUGCAUUAAACAUUGGACAUCUUAUGAGCAGCCAAGUUCUGCUGCUAAUUUACGGUUUGUUCUUGAGUGGACAUGGAACAAAGUGAUCUGUACAAAAGAUGAAUUUGACCAAAUAUGUGUUCCACUGUUUGAUGGCUCUUGCAACUUCAUUGACCCACAGACAUUACAGUCUCUUCAGCACUGCCAGUUGCUUUUGAGCAACCUUAGCACAGUCUUAAACUGUUUUCUCAGAGAAGCACAAGAGCUUACUGAAAAAGGUUUUGCAGACUUGACAAAUAAGCAGGUGGUAACUAGCCUCAUUUCUUUGUAUGCACAAGUGGUCAUCUGGUUCUGUCGCUCCAGUCUACUUCCAGAGGGUUUAGAUGAUGAUGAUAGGCAUUUGUCUAGACCUUUCUACAAUUAUCCUCUGAUUCAGAGCUACUAUACUGAUCAUCGACAGAAACUUGAGCGUUUAUCAAGAGGAAAAUGGGAUUCUGAGUGCUUGAUGAUUGAUGGACUGGUUUCCCAGUUAGGAGACCAAGUUGAGAAGUUGUGGCGGAGAGAUGAAGGAGGAACUGGGAAAUACCCACCUGCUAGUUUACAUGCACUGCUGGAUCUCUAUUUGCUAGAAAGCAUUGAAGAAAACUACAAACAUGCAAUUACAAUUUACUUGCUGCUAGAUGUCAUACAUUCCUUUCCAAAUAAAACAGAAACUUCAAUUGACUCCUUCCCAACUGCCUUUGCUAUCCCCUGGGGUCUUGUUAAGCUUAUUCAAGGUUUUUGGCUUCUAGAUCACAAUGAUUAUGAAAAUUCACUGGCCCUGCUCUUUCAUCCAGCUACAAUCAAAACUGUGUCAUGGCAACAUACAAGAAUUAUUCAAUCCCUCAUGUGCCAAGGAGAGCAGAAGCAAGCCCUCAGAUACUUACAGAUGAUGAAGCCAUCGAUAUCAAGCAGUAGUGAAGUGCGGCUCUUUCUCAAUGUGUUGUUGUCCAAUAGGUGCAUGGUGGAGGCAUGGGGUCUGUUGCAGCAACAUACCACUAAGUUAAACAUAGAAGAGCUGUUAAAACACAUGUAUGAAAUCUGUCAGGACAUGGGACUAAUGGAAGACUUACUGAAGCUACCUUUCACAGACACUGAACAAGAGUGUUUGGAGAAGUUUUUACAGACCAAUGCUGGUGUUCAGAAUCAUGAAUUUCUUUUAGUCCACCAUCUGCAGCGUGCCAACUACAUCCCAGCACUACAGUUGAAUCAGUCAAUGAAGGUUAACCUUGUGAAUGAUCGUCAUCCUGGCUUGAGAGAGCGAGCAGUUGCCAGAAAUUCUAUAGUAGACCAUUAUGGCAAGACCCUUCCCAGAGUUCAAAGGAAGCUGGCUGCAGAGAGAGCCAAGCCUUACCAUUUGCCUUCAUCCAUCAUCAGAGAAGUCACGAGACCAAAACCCUUAUCAACAGUAACAAAACAAGGGAAUGCAGGAAAUGUGCAUACAAGAGCAACUUUCAUUAGUAAUGUAUUGUCCAAAAUUGGAGAAGUGUGGGUAGGAAAUGAGCAGCAAACGAGUUGCUCAGAAUACAAUAGACCUAGAGCUACAGAACCCCCAGUCAUAACACAGCCUCUCCCUGAUGCAGAGUUGCGCACUGCAUUUGUUGGGACACCGGUUACACAUUUUUCACUUAAAUGUUCCAGAUUGCUGGAUUCAGUGGUUCGUCCUGUUCCUUCAUGUUCUGCAGCGCAGUCUACAUGCAGAGCUUCUACUUCAUUCAUGACAUCCAGCCCACUGAAAUCAAAUAUGCAUGGUUCUCUCUCACAAAAGAAUUUUUCAGGAGUAUCAGAGCUGAAUUUACUAGAGACUCCUCUUGUGGUUAAG